GACAAACCCUCACCGUUAAACUAUAGUCAUCUAAUCGCUUCCCUUUUCCAGUACUCCACCAACAGAAACCAAGAAAAGGAUCAAAUGCGUCAUUUUCCCGGGAAACGAACAACAGGUUCUGGAAAAAUAGCGAAGCUCGAUGCUGGUGAACCGCCGAACCACAGCUUGCUGCAAGCAAUCCAAAAUCGCCACCAAAUCUUCCACUCCCCUGAGAAAUGGCGCUUCGGAUGUGUCCUCACGGCUACCGCCAGCCGCAGCCGCUAAUCUCCGCCGUUAGUUUCACCAAAUCGGCCUCUCGGAGCUUCAGAUUCUCGGUCCGGAGCAGUAUUCCCGAAUCCGGUCAAUCGAGAAAGCUUGUCUUAGAAGUUAAAGAGAAGCUCGCGAAGGAUUACCGGAGCCUCCCCCUCGGAAAAUAUGGAAGAGACGAUGAGGAGAUGAUUCUCUGGUUUCUGAAGGAUCGGAGGUUCUCCGUCGAUGAAGCCGUUGGGAAAUUGACCAAAGCAAUUAAAUGGAGGCAAAAUUUUGGGAUGUCUGAGUUGACCGAGGAGAAAGUGAAACGUGUAGCAGAAACGGGGAAAUCUUAUGUGCAUGACUCUUUUGAUGUCAAUGGCAGGCCUGUGCUUCUAGUUGUGGCUUCUAAUCACUUCCCUGGUGUGCAUGAUCCUGAAGACGAUCAGAAGUUGUGUGCUUUCUUGAUUGAGAAGGCACUGAGGAUGCUAUCACCAGGCAAAGAUGACAUACUGGGAAUUGUAGACCUCAGAAACUUCGGUCCUGCAAAUGCAGAUUUGAAGUUCCUAACUUUUCUGUUUGAUGUGUUCUACUACUACUAUCCAAAGCGGCUUGGUGAAGUCCUCUUCGUUGAAGCUCCCUUUGUGUUUCAGCCAGUUUGGCAGCUGGCGAAGCCACUGCUAAAAUCUUAUGCUUCACUGGUGAGAUUCUGCUCGGUAGAGACGGUGAGGAAGGAGUAUUUCACAGAAGAAACUGUGCCGACCAUCUUCAAAAAUUAGAGUUGCAUUGCUUACGUCUUUACCAACUACACUUAAUUCCGGGGGUUGGUAUUAGCUGUGAAAGGGUGAGACUUAGUUCAGCCAACAAGAGAUCUUCAGAAUCCGAUUCAAAGGGUACUCGGAGUGGCGGAUUUCUUGCCGAUCGAAACUGUUCCGUUUCAUGCUUCCAGCACUACACAUGAAACGGUGAGUAGCGAUAACUCGCAUGGGAUAUCAGAGACUUAUUCUAACGUACGUGAGUGUGUCGAUUUCGGCUAAGAGAUGGAUUGAGUUAGAAGAUAUUGUAUCCCCUUAUUCUUCAUGCAUCAACCUUCUGUACAAUGUCAUUCUUGAAUAAGAGUACGCUCCCGGUACAAAGGGUUCAGCUAUGUGUCUAGACUGUCUUUAUGUGUAGACUUUUACUUGCGGUGAAUUUGUGUUAGCUAGAUGAAACAUUCGCACUACUCGAAAUCAACAAGGGAACACUUGGCCCUCACCUUUUAAUAAUUUGUUGAAGACACUUUAGCAUUUGGAUUCUGGUUAGGUUUAGCAUCACCUUUUACUUUGAGGAUUGUUAUUUGCGGUCGACGUCGAGUAUUUACUAUUUGUUGCCCAUAAUUUUAGUAAAAAUAUUGUUUUUUCCGUUCAUUUUUUUCAUAACACAAAUCCUCACCGCUCAUAAUUUCCUUGUUUAAUUUCUUGGGUGCAAAAACGGUUGAGUUGUGCCCACUAUUUUCCCCCCUACUGGAUUCAAGCCCACGUAACCAGAAAAAUACGCAUGUCCGUAUGUAUUUGGGCUGCUUAAGCCUCUUCUCUUUUUGUCAGCCGGCCCAAUUUGUUUCCUAGUUUAUAAGUUACCAGUAUCUUCUCGUCUUCUCCACACUCCCGAUACCCUUCCAUCCUUCGCUUUGGGAAGGCAGAGAAAGUCGGUAAAGGAGAAAUGGAGAAUCCGAGACUGUCGAUCGUAUUAGCCUUGAGUUUACUCGCCUUGGUGGGUUUAUCCGCCGCAAUCGAGUCGCCCCAGUUCUCAGUAGUUCACAAGGAAUCGGAUUUCGAGAUCAGACUGUACAGAAGAUCGACAUGGAUGGCCGCCCAAAUCAACGAGCUUUCAUUCCAGAAGGCCACUUUGCUCGGCUUUCACAGGCAUGUCGUGAUCUUGGGGUUUCAAUCGAUUGGAAGUAAAAGCACAGAUGAUGGGUUCUAACUCUUCUAAUUAGUGAGUUCCAUCAAUCUUAUAUUCUGCAGGCUGUUCCAGUUCAUUCAAGGUGCCAAUCUGAACAAUUCCAGGAUUGCAAUGACAGCACCAGUAGUAACCAGCAUAGUUCCAGGGUCCGGUCCGUUCCACUCGUCCUCCUACUCGGUUCGAUUCUACUUGCCGGUGAAGUUCCAGGAUGAUCCACCAACCCCUCUCCCUGAACUGAAGCUGGAGCAUUAUCGAUGGGAUGCUCAUUGCGUCGCUGUGAGAGAGUUCUCUGGGUAUGCGAAAGAUGACAACGUAGUGAAAGAGGCUCAGAAGCUGGCCGUCAGCUUGAGCAGGUCUCCCUGGGCUCUUCCGAACGACGGAGCUACUGACUACGCCUACUCCAUUGCACAGUAUGACUCCCCGUUUCAUUUCAUUGGUCGGGUUAAUGAAGUCUGGGCUGAUGUGAAGAGUUCUGGUGAUGGUGAUGAUGAUGGCUGCAGUUCCAGUGCUAUAGCAGCUUACUGAAGGAGGAAUACUUUAGUUAUGUUUUCCAAGUUACCUGGUUUGUUGUUCCAUGUAUGUACAUGCUAUAUGUAGUAGUCUGACAACUGUGUCUCUGUCCGAGGCAAUCUGACCCCGAGUCGAGAGAAGUCAUGUGAAUGCUGGAUUGUCUAAAUGGAUGGAUUGUUACAAAAUAAGUGACCUGUGAAGUAGAUGGAUUUCCAAGGAAGGGUGAUUUGUGAAAGUAUUAUAGUUUGGACUGGUCUAAAUGAUAGGUAAUGAGUGGAUUGUUGAACAAUCUCUCCUUUGAAUCCAUCAUCGGAACAAUGUCUCAAGACAAUGUCAGGAAUGCUGUUCAGCUGAGAUCAUCCUGACCAUGUCCAUCUUAUUAGGUAAGGAAGCCAUAAGCUUUGGCAAGAGCCAAGUACAUGGUGGGAAGAGAGGAAUUUCUCAUUUUGCGU